AUGGAGCGAGUGCUCUCCCUCACAGAGCUUUCGGAGAACAUGUUCCUCCAUCUCGCCAUGACGACACUGCUCGUCUCCGUGCAGCGAGUUAGCAAGGUCUGGAACAAUCUACCUGCCUUCCGUGCACAGCGCGUGAAUGAGGCCGAAAGCCCCUGCUCCAACUGGUCCGGGCCCGCGUCCGAGCUCACCAAGUUGGUCCUCGACCAUCUUCUCGUCAAGAAGUUCGGCAACUGCUUCUUUGACUUUGGUCGAGGGUUUGAGUACGGGAAGUCGUGUGAGUACGGGAAGUCGUGUGACAGCUUCUACGCAAUGCCAUGGACUCCAAAUCCUCGCAAAGUGAUUUGUUCAUUGAUUCCCGGCUGGACUUCACUGUAUUUCUAUGUGGAUCACCCCAAAGAGCUGGAGCUCGCUUCACAACUAGGGGAGCUAGCUGGAGACGAAUGCUGGUAUCGCAACCAGCGCCCCCAGGCAUCGGCUACUUAG